CUCCUCCGCUGGGAGUGCGAGGGACGUCGGGGGCGGUGCCGCAACAGUUGCCCUGGUAACGGGGGAGGCCAGAGGAGGAGGAGGCGGAGGAAGAGGAGGAGGAGGAGGAGGGACUCGGCAGGAGGAUGGGCUUACUCUCAAUUUUACGCAAAUUGAAAAGUGCACCAGACCAGGAGGUAAGAAUCCUUCUCCUGGGCUUGGACAAUGCUGGCAAGACCACUCUCCUGAAGCAGCUCGCGUCUGAAGACAUCAGCCACAUCACGCCCACACAGGGUUUUAACAUCAAAAGUGUACAAUCACAAGGUUUUAAACUGAACGUAUGGGACAUUGGUGGACAGAGGAAAAUCAGACCAUACUGGAGGAAUUAUUUUGAAAAUACUGAUAUUCUUAUAUAUGUAAUUGACAGUGCAGACAGAAAAAGAUUUGAAGAGACGGGUCAGGAACUAGCUGAAUUACUGGAGGAAGAAAAGCUAAGUUGUGUGCCAGUGCUCAUCUUUGCUAACAAGCAAGAUUUGCUCACCGCAGCCCCUGCCUCUGAAAUUGCAGAAGGACUCAACCUGCACACCAUCCGUGACCGGGUCUGGCAAAUCCAGUCUUGCUCAGCUCUCACAGGAGAGGGUGUUCAGGACUGUGGACCCUCAGACAUCUGGAGGACACUACCCCGAAAUCCCCUCUGCCUCCAUAGCAGAUACGCAGGAGAAAGCUGCUCCUCACCCUCCAUGUUCUGCUCUGGGUUUCUGCAGCUGAGACGGCAUGAACUGGGUCUGCAAAAAUGUCAAUGCAAAGAAGAAAUAAAAUCUAGAUGAGUGAAGACGCAGGAGCUGCAGGAGCUGAAUUCUGUCCUGAAAAACACUAAUUUGCUGCUUUCUGACCAAAUGUUUUCCCAUCUGUGUUCAGCUGCAGCUGUUUGAAGAGACGGAACAACACAGUUUAAAAAGAAUCCCAUUCCAGCAGUAGAUUUAACUGAUCUCUGAGGUUCUGUAUCAUUUUUCAAAUAAAGGAAUUAUAUUAUUUCCUCUGCAUAA